CCACUAACAAAAGGAAAAUAACUGAAAUUAAAUUGACUACUAAAUCACUCUACAAGAUGAGUGACUCCUAAAAACUAGAACAAAAUGAGAGUAAUAACAAACUAAAUAAAUCAGCCACUAAGCAUAACAGCAGUUAGUGGUUCCUAAAGUUUAGCACUAAUUUUAACAUGAUUUUCUUGCUAAAUGAGAGAAUAUAUAAAUCUUCUUUGGAUAAAUAUUUAAAUCAAACUAGAAUACAAAGAAAAAGUUCCCAAGAAAAUGGAUUCAGCGACUACUCCUCUAACAAUAACAAAAUCAGACUCCGAUCCCACCACAUCCCUCCGUCGAUCCAUGCUUUCUCAACUGUAUGGCUUCCUCGCCUCCAUCACCGCUUUCGUUGCCGCAUUUUCGCUAUAAGGGCAUAUGUUCCUGACUAUUGGUUGCUGUAUAUAGGAAUUGAUUACUACCCUAGCAGGUAUUGGGAGCUAGGCGUGCCAACAUAUGUAAUGGUGAUGAUUGUUGUUGCGAUUGUAUCAUAUACAAGCCUCAACUUUUUGGCUACUCCUCCUCCUACCUCCAUGAAGUUGAUUUUUGAUGACUACAGUGAGGAUAUAUUGACAGGCAUCCCAAUAACAGAUGAUGGUGAGCCGGCCAUUGAGCCUUUAUCUUAUAUGAGCAUCGACCAAGUUAAUCAAAUGUUUGAUGACCUAAACUCAUGACCUUUUAAGGAUGAGCUACAUCUUUUUAUCUUUUCGAGCGUUUGGCGUUUGUUAAACUUAGUAGGAGUAUCUAAUUAUGUAACUUCAAAAAUUGUAUCAGGCAAACUUCACAAAGAAAAAGGAACAAAAUGUUUCCUGCAUGCAAUCUGUUCACUUUUUACGAAGAGCAAUUCGAUUUUCUUUUCUAA